AGAGCGCGAGCGCCUUGUGAGCGUGGAGACGGACAGUGAGCGCGCUCAUGAUGAGAAGAACAGCCAGUCCAAUUAUCCGUGUGCCUUCAGUGGACACUCCCUUCUCACUUCAGUGCUUACUCAAACACGAAAUCCAGCGCUGGAUUCCAAGAUACUGCUCGCGUGGAGAUUUAAAACUGGACAGAGGCAUGAUUGUCCAGAAGAGAAGACGGAGGGAUGAGAGUGCGUUUGGUGCCAUGAUUAACAUCCAGUUUCUGCUUGUGUGCUCCUGAGAAGAACGAAAAGACAAGAAGUCAAGUGGUCUAGCACUCAAGACAGCUGAUGAGGAGCAGCAGGAAGAAGAGAUCUGUCAAAGUAUGGCUGCACCUGAUCUUUUAGAUCCUAAAUCAGUCACACGCAACACCAAACCACGGCUGUCGUUCUCCUCCAAGCCCAUUGUAUAUAACUCGGGGGAUGAUUGUGAUACCAUAACCACCGUAAUGAAGUGGAAAACAGUAGUGGCGAUCUUCCUGCUGGUUGUUCUGUACCUGAUCAUCGGAGCCACGGUGUUCAAAGCCCUGGAACAGCCCCAGGAGAGCUCGCAGAAGUACCUCAUCGUGCAAGAGAAAAUUAACUUCCUUUCAAGGCAUACCUGUGUCAACGUCUCUGAACUGGAGGACCUGGUCAAGCAAGUGGUGUUUGCUAUCCGGGCCGGGGUCAAUCCCUCGGGUCACCCCUCCAAUGAGAGCAGCAUCUGGGACCUCAGCAGCUCCUUCUUCUUCGCAGGUACUGUCAUCACCACUAUAGGAACAAUUUGGAACGUUGACGUGUGCAAUGAAGAGCGCAAUACAAAAUGGAACGUGAGCCAAACUAAAAUCCGUGUGACAUCCACGGUCCUGUUCAUCCUGUUUGGGUGCCUGCUCUUUGUGGCCCUCCCAGCCCUCAUCUUCCAACACAUUGAAGGCUGGAGCACUCUGGAGUCCAUCUACUUUGUUGUCAUCACUUUAACCACUAUUGGAUUUGGAGACUUUGUGGCAGGAGGUUCUGAGAUUGAGUAUCUGGACUAUUAUAAGCCCAUCGUGUGGUUCUGGAUCCUGGUGGGCCUUGCCUACUUCGCUGCAGUUCUGAGUAUGAUUGGAGACUGGCUUCGAGUCAUCUCCAAGAAGACCAAAGAGGAGGUGGGAGAGUUCCGCGCUCACGCCGCAGAAUGGACGGCUAACGUGUCAGCGGAGUUCAAAGAGACGCGCCGCCGCCUGAGCGUGGAAGUUUACGACAAGUUUCAGCGAGCAGCGUACAUCAAGCGCAAGCUGUCAUCAGAGCUAGGCCAAAAUCCAGGUCAGGACAUGAUGCCGUGCAAGAGGACCCUGUCUGUAAACUUCACGGAUGAACUUGAGAAAGAAGGUCUCCCUACAUUGACCAAAAAUGGCAGCCUGUACCUAAACGGUGUAACUCCGGACUUCCCAGAUCACGGCGAGAUCUCCAUCAUUGAACAUCUCAAAUAAAGCUCAAGCUUCUUCUGCACAUGCGAAAACAGGAAGAUGCAUUUGUGUCUACAGCUAUGUUUGUUCACAAAGCUCUAUCAGAAGCAUUCAUAUCUUUCCUGGAUGUAUGCUGGAAUCAGUGAGCGGGUGCAUUUAUGCCUUGUGCCAGUCAAAUGAAUCACGUUUUGUAGGAUAACAAAGUCUGUAUUCUUGAGCAAAACACGACAGCAGCGUUUAUUAUCCAGUGAAUCAUAUUUGUGCCUUAAAAUGACCUGGAAUAGACUUCCCAGAAGCUGCUACACUGAAUGAUACUGAGAAAUGUAUUGUUUUUUAGAGAAUGAACCACCAAUCUUGUCCAAACACUGACAAACUUAAUUGGUUUUUGGAUGCGUAUCCCAAACCCAGCAUGUGUGAGCGUCUGUUCAAAAACCAUUACAGGGUAUCAGGCAAGAAUGGCUGAGCGUUUAUGAUAUUGACACAGCUGUGAUUAGUGGUUCACCAAUUUAGUUUAUAUCUUGCAUUAGCACAUGGAUUUUUUUUAAAAAUCCACAUACACAUUCUGUUUAAAAGCAGUUGUGACCGAAAAGAUAUGAAACAGUGUUGGAGUCGAAGCAUCUCAGCUUGUUUCAUUGCAUAAUUUUAGAUGUGCUGUGCACUGAUAGCAUGAUUCUGUAAGCAAAUGCAAGUUUUCUGAUAGAAUUGGUCGUGAUUGGAUAUAUGACCAAUACACAAUCAUUCAUCUUUCAUUGCCUGCUGAAUAAAGAAAGUUGUGCGUUAAUGCAAUGUAUAAAUAUAUUUUUAGCAUAAAUCUUGUAACAUUUUAUGGCAGUUAAAUUUGCCUUAAAGUGAUAGCACAACCAAAAAUGACUUUCUGGCAUCAU